AGCUUCUACGCUCUCGGCAGGCAGAGGGAGCGUGGACACUCUUGGGGCUGGAAAAUUAGAGGCCUGAGGGCCAGAGGAGAUUUCGGACCAGAGGAGACCCCGAACCUCGCUGGGAGAGAGCUAGAGGCCCCUGGGGAGGAGACCGACAGCUAGGGGCGUGGUCCCUAGCUGGGUGGGGCCUUGAGUGGGGGCGGGGCCAGCCGGUGGACCCAGACGUGGCGCAGGGGCCCGGCGGUUCGCCUCCUUCUUGCGGAUCAUCUUCGGCUCGGUUCCGAUGCACCUCCCGCUUCCUCCACCGCCCCUGCUGCUGCUUCUUGCGGCUCUUGCGGCUGCCGUCACCACCUUCCGGCCCGACUGGAACCGCUUGCACGGCCUGGCCCGAGCCCGGGUAGAGACCUGUGGGGGAUGACAGCUGAAUCGCCUGAAGGAGGUGAAGGCCUUCGUCACCCAGGAUAUCCCUUUAUAUCACAACAUGGUAAUGAAACAUCUCCCAGGGGCAGACCCAGAGCUCGUCCUGCUGGGCCACCGCUACGAAGAACUGGAGCGAAUCCCACUCAGCGAAAUGACCCGCGAGGAGAUUAAUGAGCUUGUGCAGGAGCUCGGCUUCUACCGCAAGGCGGCGCCUGACGAACCUGUUCCCCCAGAGUACCUGCGGGCGCCUGCCAGGCCCGACGAAGGCGCUCCGGCCCGCGCUGACCUUUAGGUCCGGGUAUGCGGGCCCGCUCCCUCCCUCGCCUGAGCCCUGGGGACAGAAUGAAGCGCUCAGCGUCCCGGGAACACCUCCCUCGCUGAGGGCCGACGCCCCGUCCCAGAGCCGGCAGAGAUGGAGUUGGGGGUUCUUGCUAACCCCCCUUUCUUCCCUCCCCAGCUCAAUUAAAUCCUCUUCAGCCUUAA